AGGUAAAGCUUGUUGAAUGUUUUAAGUAAUUAAUAUUCCACACGCUUUUGCCUUUAAGAGUUAUUUGACGAUCAAAAAAACCAGUCUUCUUUUUUGUUUUUCAUUUUCUUCUAUUUCUGGCCUUUGAUCCCACCCUCCAAAUCUCAAGUUUUCCAUAAUCCUGUUUGGAAACUAAGAAAAAGUUUAAAAUUUUCACCGGGGAUGCAAUUCCACUGAAAAAAAUUAAAACACCCAGAAAAGAAGAUAGAGAAAUGUAUAGCAAUUUCAAAGAACAAGCGAUAGAGUACGUGAAGCAAGCUGUACAUGAAGACAAUGAAGGGAAUUACAGUAAAGCUUUCCCUUUAUACAUGAACGCCCUCGAGUAUUUCAAGACCCAUCUGAAAUACGAGAAGAACCCUAAGAUCAGGGAAGCGAUUACCCAGAGGCUCAUCGAGUAUUUGCGUCGCGCUGAGGAGAUCCGUGCCGUUCUUGAUGAAGGUGGGCCAGGACCGGCUUCUAAUGGGGAUGCUGCUGUUGCUACGCGUCCGAAAAGUAAGCCCAAGAACGGUGGUGGCGGAGGUGAAGGCGGUGAUGGAGGGGAGGAUCCGGACCAGGCUAAGUUGAGAUCUGGGCUUAAUUCGGCAAUUAUUAGGGAAAAACCUAAUGUUAAGUGGAAUGAUGUGGCUGGGUUAGAAAGUGCUAAACAGGCUUUGCAAGAAGCUGUUAUUUUGCCUGUCAAGUUUCCUCAGUUUUUUACUGGAAAGAGAAGGCCAUGGAGAGCUUUUCUGUUGUACGGACCACCGGGGACUGGGAAGUCAUACUUGGCCAAGGCUGUUGCAACUGAAUCAGACUCUACGUUCUUUAGUAUUUCUUCAUCUGACCUCGUGUCGAAGUGGAUGGGGGAAAGUGAAAAGCUGGUUUCAAACCUUUUUCAGAUGGCUCGUGAUAGUGCUCCAUCCAUCAUAUUCAUUGAUGAAAUAGAUUCCUUGUGUGGUCAACGUGGUGAGGGCAAUGAGAGUGAAGCAUCUAGACGUAUCAAAACCGAACUUCUCGUGCAGAUGCAGGGUGUCGGACAUACUGAUCAGAAAGUCUUAGUGCUUGCGGCAACAAAUACUCCCUAUGCACUUGAUCAGGCUAUUCGCCGGCGUUUUGAUAAGCGUAUUUACAUUCCUCUCCCAGAUUUGAAGGCUCGACAACAUAUGUUCAAAGUGCAUUUAGGUGAUACUCCUCAUAACUUGACCGAAAGUGAUUUUGAGAACUUAGCUCGCCUAACAGAGGGGUUUUCAGGUUCGGACGUAUCAGUUUGUGUUAAGGAUGUUCUUUUCGAACCCGUUCGUAAAACCCAGGAUGCCAUGUUUUUCUACAAGACACCCGAGGAUAUGUGGAUGCCUUGUGGACCUAGGCAACCAUCUGCUGUCCAAAUUACUAUGCAGGAAUUGGCAGCCAAAGGACACGCAGCACAGAUUCUUCCACCACCUAUUUCGAGAUCAGAUUUUGAUAAGGUGCUUGCAAGACAGAGGCCGACAGUGAGCAAAGGCGAUCUCGAGGUUCAUGAGAGAUUUACAAAAGAGUUUGGAGAGGAAGGUUGAUGGAUUUGUAUGCAACUGUGACAUUGACCUACACAGUUGUGAGUGCAUUCACUGUGAUUUGUAAUUUUAUUGAUUUAACUGCUGGGGUCAUCACUGGAAAUUGUCUCUAUUUGUUUUACUUGACCAGGCUGUAUUCAUAUAGGAUGAACACAUUACAUUUCAUUGAAUUGAUGUUUUUUUUCUUGGUUUAAAUAAGACCCUCUUCUUCCUUCUUA